CGUCUUUUUGAGAGAAGCCAGAAAGAAAAAAGAUAAAAAGAGAUAGAUAUAUAUAAGUAGUUCUUUUAUUUUUGAAUUUUCUUUUACUUGUUUUUUUUCCUUCUUUUUCUCUCUUUAUAUCGUUCGUGCUAUAUAUUUCCAUCUGCUUCUUCACAAUUGAAUAAACCCCAUGUCUACUUCUACUUCUGGUGCAUGUUUGACGGCCAGUGAUGGCUUAUCAAGCAAGUUCCCAACGUUCCGGUUGCUUGUUGUUGAUGAUGAUGCUACUUGUCUUACACUUUUGGAAAGAAUGCUUAAGGAGUGCCACUAUGAAGUCACCACGUGUAAUCGAGCAGAGGUUGCAUUGUCGUUGCUCCGUGAAAACAAAAAUGGCUUUCACUUGGUGAUAAGCGAUGUCCACAUGCCAGACAUGGACGGUUUUAAACUUCUCGAGCACAUUGGUCUGGAGAUGGACCUGCCUGUUAUAAUGAUGUCUGGGGAUGAUAGUAGAAGUGUAAUUCUGAAAGGUGUGAUUCAUGGUGCACUUGAUUAUCUGAUCAAACCGGUGCGUAUUGAUGCACUGAAGAACAUUUGGCAGCAUGUGGUUCGACAAAAUAAGGACGAGUGGAAGGGCAAGAUUUUAGAUCAAUCAGGAAAUAUUGAAGAUGGAGAAAGGCUGCAAGAACCAGCGAAAGAUGUUGAGUACUCGUAUUCAGGGUUGAAAAGCUCAAGGAAACGGAAGGAGGAGGAAAAUGAAAUGGAAGAAAGGGAUGAUAUAUCCACGUCGAAGAAAGCACGUAUAAUUUGGUCAGCGGAACUUCAUAAAAAGUUUGUACAAGCUUUCAUGCAACUUGGACCGGACAGGGCUGUUCCCAAGAAAAUUCUCGAACUGAUGAAUGUUCCGUGGCUAAAAAGAGAAAACGUUGCUAGCCACCUUCAGAAAUACCGGUUGAUUCUACGGAAGGAUAAACUGGAUAAUGCUUCCAUGGGACACUCGGAAGCAACCGUUGGGACAUUGUCAAACUGUCUUGAUGUUCAAGCUCUUACACCUACCGGUCUAUUUCCCGCUCAAAGUCUUUCUACCUUCCCGUUGUCCGCCACAUUGGGUAGGCCUGCAGCAAAAUCUCCCAUAUGUAUUCCCCUAGCAAACCAGAGAAACCAUUUUGGCUUUGAAAACUCCAUGUUGAGAUAUCAAGGUCAGCAACGACUGAACGAUAGCAAUAAGCAAGUUAACUUGCUUUAUGGAAUCCCAACUACCGUGGAACCAAAGCCAUCCUUUUUGGAAAUGAAUAUGCAGCAACAAAAUAAAUCUUUAGUUGCACGGAUUUCUCAACCACAGUUACGAGCUCAGAUGCUAAGUGAAUCCAAUAAGGUCCUAUUACGGAAUGGUAUUGUUGAUAGUGCGCAAGUUAGUAUGUUCAAUCAUGUUCCCCAAGUGUCUUCAGCAGUAGAUUUCUCAUUAAAUCAAAACGUACGUUUGGCGAGAAGCAGUUUUCCUUUGAGUGGAAAUUCAGCAAUUUCCACUCUGGCAACUAACGGGAUACGUAAGGAAGAGGUUAAGUCUGAUUAUGAUAUUUUCACACAUGAUUGGGGUUUACAGAAUGUUGGAUCAACCUUUGAUGCCUCUUAUCAUUCUAGCAUACAACAUGGUAAUUCUUCAGUGGAGCAGAGUGGACAGAACGUAAAUGCUCCUAUUGUGGAAGCAGUUCUCUCUAGCGGGGAAGAAAUUAGACAUGUUAAUCCUAUGGUUGGUCCACAAGUUAACUCGGUUACCAUUUUCCCUGAGCAAUUUGGACAAGAGGACCUCAUGAGUGCCCUUUUCGAGCAGUCAUGUCAGACGUUUAUAUGCUAG